AUGGAUAUCGAAGCAAAGAAGUUCGGCCCUGCAGCUUCAACUGAGGCAGACGCAGCCUUGGGUUUCCUUGCCUCCGAAGGAACGGCGGCACUUACCGAGAUCGAUGAAAAGAAGCUCGUUCGUAAGAUUGACUGGAUGAUCGUCCCACGUAUGUGGGCAAUUUAUUUUCUCCAGUAUCAAGACAAGAUUCUGAUCAACUAUGCCUCCGUCAUGGGCUUGCUCAAGGAUACCGGCAUGCAGACGGACCAGUUCUCCAAGCUGGCCUUAGCGUUUUAUGUUUCUUACCUGUUCUUCGAGUUUCCAACGGGAUAUCUCAUGCAACGUUUGCCUAUCGCAAAAUACCUUGGCCUCAAUGUGACGCUAUGGGGACUCCUGACUACCUUGAACUGUGCUGCGCAGAAUUAUGCUGGACUCAUUGUCCUCCGUGUCCUGCUAGGAUGUUUUGAAAGCGCAGUUGCUCCGGCACUGAUCUUGAUUACUUCCAUGUGGUACAAGAGGAAUGAACAGCCCAAGCGGAUAGGUUUCUGGUAUUUAGGUACUAAAACGGCCACCAUCUUUGGAGCUCUUGUUGCAUAUGGGCUCCUCUUCUAUACAGGCGAUCGCUUCCGAUCCUGGCAGAUCAUGUUCCUCAUAUUUGGAUUGAUCACCAUCGCCGUGGGAAUAUGCGUCAUUAUAUUCCUCCCAGACAAUCCGAUGGCGUCACGGCUGACCCAUGAGGAGAAGCUUCUGGCGAUUGAGAGUCUCCGGGAGAAUCGGACAGGUAUCGAAAACAAGCAUUUCAAAAUGUACCAAUUCGUAGAAGUAUUCAAGGACCCCCAGACAUACUUCAUUGCCGUGAUCGUGACGGCAAUGGACAUCUCCAACGCCGCCAUCAGCAGUUUCUCCGCGCUGAUCAUCAAAAGCUUCGGCUACACCACCAAGGAAACCGAGCUACUCACCAUCCCCGGCGGCGUGGUCAGCGUGAUCAGCAUUCUCACAGGCACGUAUCUGGCCGGUCGCUUUGAUCAGCGAUGCCUGAGCCUCAUAGGGAUCCUCGCCUGUGGGCUCCUCGGAGGCUGCUUGAUGGCUUUCUCCCAUGAUGGAAUGAAAGACACCGAGCUAGCUGGCAACUACCUGACCAACUGUGUCGGGGCCGCUCUGCCGUUGAUGUACUCCAUUGCUGGUGCUAAUGAUGCAGGCCACACCAAGAAAGUCAUCAUGAACGCUAUCGUGCUAGUCGUUCUGUCUCGGAAAUAUUCUGGGCCCGUUGACGUUCCGCACGGAGGACGAGCCAGACUAUAUAUCGGCAAAGAUUGCGAUUGUCGCGACUGUCUCGGUAGCAAUUGUUUUCUCCAUCCUGUUGAAGUGCUACUAUAUGUAUCAGAAUCGGCGUCGCGAUAUGAAGGGCGAGGGACAGCGUCCGGAGAACUCUGA